AUGGUUUUUAGCUCUCCUCCUGCGGAAUGGGCCCUAAAGCAGCUUCGGGAGCUGACCAUUGGCUCUCUGCGCCAAGGUCCUAUCCCCCAGCAUGUCGCGUUCGAGAUGGAUGGGAACCGCCGUUAUGCCCGUCGCCACCGAAUGGAAACCGUUGAGGGUCACCACCACGGUUUUGAAGCUUUAGCUAGAAUUCUAGAAGUGUGCUAUAAAUGCGGCGUUAAGACCGUGACGGUCUAUGCCUUUAGCAUCGAGAAUUUCAACCGACCCAAGUACGAGGUAGACGGUCUAAUGGAGAUGGCCAAAGUCAAGCUCGAGCAACUUGCGCGCCAUGGGGAUAUCCUCGACCGCUACGGCGCCCGCGUCCGCGUCUUGGGCCAACGAAGCUUGAUUCGACCCGACGUAAUGGAGGUCGUCGACCGGGCAGUCAACAUGACAAAAGAUAAUAACCUGGUUGCGCUCAACCUCUGCUUUCCCUACACUUCGCGCGAGGAGAUGACCACCGCAAUGCGGUCAACGGUCGAGGAAUACCUAUCGCCUCCCCUUCCUAAGAGCAACCCGUUCUCGCAAUCCCGCAUCACGCGCAACCUCCUCACGAAGCACCUCGAGUGCAUGUGGCCCGAAUUCGACCUCAAGCAUUUUAUCCCUGUUCUCCUUGAGUGGCAGCGCCGCCAGAAGCAAAAGGCGCGCGAAACUUCGCCCCUUCGGGCAGAGCGUUCUGCCAAAGUCCACCGCGUUGUCGCAUAG